AUGGCUGCUCCAAGAAGUGUUCAGCGCUUGCAGCAGACGCUGUCGCAUGUACAGCCUCCAAAUACUCAGUUGUCUCUUGUCGCUGGUCCGACGGAGCCAGCAUUGCUGGAUAUUACAUUGGGUGAGCUGCUGACGCUUCAGGCACUGCAGUAUGGAGAUGAGACCGAACGUCUGGCGCGAGGCAUGCUAGCCUCGGGUAUCCAAAAAGGUGAUCGGGUGGGCAUCAUGGCAGGCAAUUGCGAGCAGUACAUCUCAGUAUUCUUUGCGGCCGCUCGGGUGGGAGCUAUUUUGGUGGUGUUGAACAACACUUACACCCCUUCCGAGUUAUAUUACGCACUUAAUCAUAGUGAAUGCCGGUUACUGUUCAUGACACCGCGAAUUGGCCGGCAUAACCUCGAGGAAGUCCUUGCCGAACUCGGUUCCAACCCUAAGCAAGCUGGCAAGUCGGAAUCUUUGGAGGAAAUUGUUAUUUUGCGCGAAACCUACAAGAACUUUACCACCUACCACGAUGUUAUCGCCCGCGGCUUGUCGCAAGCCCCACACGUCUUGCAGGACCGCGAGGCGGAAUUGCGUCCAGACGAUGUCUGUAAUCUGCAGUUCACUAGCGGCUCAACGGGCAACCCCAAAGCUGCCAUGUUGACACACCACAACUUGGUUAACAACUCGCGAUUCAUCGGGGAUCGGAUGAACCUCACCUCAUUUGAUGUUCUGUGUUGUCCACCACCCUUGUUCCACUGCUUUGGGCUGGUCCUAGGCAUGCUGGCGGUGGUAACCCAUGGCGCUAAGAUCGUCUUCCCCAGUGAGACGUUCGAUCCCAAGGCUGUUCUGCACGCUAUCUCCGACGAGAGGUGCACUGCGCUCCACGGCGUACCAACUAUGUUUGAGGCAAUUCUCAGCAUCCCCAAGCCCUCCAACUUUGAUACCGCAAACCUUCGCACUGGUAUCAUCGCGGGAGCCCCCGUUCCUAAGCCGCUUAUGAAGCGACUCUUUGAGGAAUUGAACAUGACCGAGUAUACCAGUAGCUACGGUCUCACCGAAGCUUCCCCGACAUGCUUCAAUGCAUUCACCACAGAUAGUAUCCACACACGACUGACCACCGUUGGAAAGGUGUUACCACAUGCGCGUGCCAAAAUCAUUGAUGCGCAGGGCAACAUCGUUCCUGUUGGCCAGCGAGGCGAGCUCUGCAUGGCUGGUUACCAGCUCACCAAAGGAUACUGGAAGAACCCCGAGAAGACUGCCGAAACAUUCAUUACCGAUUCCGAGGGCGUCAAAUGGCUCAAGACUGGCGACGAAGCCUCUUUCAACGAGCAGGGCUACUGCACCAUCACCGGUCGCUUCAAGGACAUCAUCAUCCGCGGCGGCGAGAACAUCUAUCCCCUCGAGAUAGAAGAGCGAUUGACCGCGCACCCUCAAAUUGAACUAGCAUCCGUCAUUGGAAUCCCCGAUCAGAAAUACGGCGAGGUGGUCGGAGCAUUCAUCGCGAUCGCAGGCACCAGCCGACCCACCGACGAUGAGCUGCGCGCAUGGACGCGCGAAACACUCGGUCGGCACAAAGCUCCCCAACACGUAUUUGUCUUUGGCGAGGAAGGAAUUUCGAGCACGGUGCCUGUAACUGGAAGCGGCAAAGUCCGGAAGGUGGAGCUACGGCAAUUGGCGACGGAGGUGCUGGCUCAGCGCCAAUAA